AUGAGUUCCGCAGAAUCAGACGUCCAGCUGCAAGACUUCGGCAAUAUCUUCAGCUUGAAGGGCAAAGUCGCAGUUGUAAGCGGUGGAUCGCGAGGCUUAGGACUGCACGCAGCCUCUGGACUCCUCCAAGCAGGCUGCUCCAAGGUCUUCAUCACAUCCCGUAAAGCCAGUGCAUGCGACGAGGCUGUCGCAGCCCUCAACGCUCUACCGUGCGAAGGCAAAGCCAUCUCGAUACCAGCCGAUAGCUCCAAAGUCUCUGAGAUUGAGCGAUUGGUGAAGGAAGUCGAGAAGCACACCGACCACGUUGAUAUCCUCUUCGCAAACGCAGGCGCAACAUGGGGCAGCGAAUUCGAGAAGGUAGACGAGAAGAAUGGCUGGGAUAAGGUCAUGGAUUUGAACGUCAAGGGCGUUUUCUUUACGAUUCAGAAAUUCACACCUCUUUUGUCGAAGAACGCCUCUGUCGCAGAGACCUCGCGCGUCAUAAUUACGGGUUCAGUCGCCGGCAUAGCAACAGGGUCGCUAGGCGAAUCGGGCGCAUACUCGUACGCGGCUUCCAAAGCCGCUGUGCUGCAUCUCGCCCGCAAUCUCGCCAUCGAACUUGGCCCAAAGCACAUUCUAGUGAACAGCAUAGCGCCGGGAUUCUUCAUGAGCAAGAUGGCGGCGAUUUUGAUGGAGCGGAGCGGCGGGCAGGACGCGUUGGAUAAGGCGAACCCGAAUGGCCGGGUUGGAAGACCGGAGGACGUAGCGGCUGCCGUUGUGUUUUUAAGUUCGAGAGCGGGUGGGCAUGUUAAUGGAGAUACGCUUGUGCUGGAUGGGGGCAAGAUUUGGGGAAGCAAUAGGCUGGAGAGACUCUAGGAAGUUGGUACAGUUCUGCUGUGUCUGGCCAUUCUCGAUCUACCCUUGGAUACAGCGUCGAAACGUCACGAGUUGUGGUAUCCUCAAUGC